AUGUAUUCAAAUGCAUCAACGAGCUACCCUUCGGAGGGGUUCAACACUAGCGCGUACUCCAACGAGACGUUUCAGAUCCCCGCAGACCUCGACAUUCUGUUUCAGCCCGAGCAUGUGCUGAUCGCUCUGUACGUGCCGCUGAUUGUCCUGUCCUUGGUAGCAAAUGUGCUGCUCAUUGUGGUCGCUGUUAAAUGCAAUUAUACUAAAAGUGUGACGAACAUUUUUCUGGUGAACCUGUCAGCGGCAGAUUUAUUGGUGACGGGCAUCUGCAUGCCCAUACAACUCAGCAAGGCCAUCACCCUCGUCUGGUUCUACGGGGAAACUGUUUGCAAGAUCGCCAAUUAUAUCCAAGGAGUAGCAGUAGCGGCCAGUGUGUUCACGCUGACGACGAUGUCAGUAGACCGCUGGCUCUCCAUCUCACCGGAGCCUCGUCUGCGUCCUCCCGGAAGACGCCAGGCCGUCAUGCUGCUCGCCGUGCUUUGGAUCGCUGCGAUGCUCAUCUUCAUUCCGUUGGUGCUGGUGGCGUCGGUCAAGAAGGAAUCCGUGCCUGUUAUUUCUAAGGUUGCUGGGAAUAUUUCGAUAGAAUCGAGAGACGUGUACUUUUGCACAGAAGAUUGGCCGGCGCACGAAAUUCGGAAGCAGUUCGGGACACUCAGCUUUACGUUAGUUUACGCAAUCCCGGGGUCGAUCACGAUUAUGUCGUACGCGUGCAUGGGCCGCACGCUCUGCUCCGUGCGUCCACCCUUUGACAUCGACGAGGGGAACGUCAGCAUGCAGCAGCAGGGUUUGCGCCUCAUGAAGGAGCGCAAGCGGGUGGCGUGGAUUCUGCUUCUACUAGCCGUACUGUUCGCGCUCUGCUGGCUUCCCUACAACAUCAUGCAACUGUUGCUUGAUAUCAACCUCGUCAACGCCAAGGACUUGAGUGUUUACUUGCCUUAUGCGCUAUUUUUGGGUCACGCGAAUUCAGCCAUAAAUCCAAUAGUAUACUGCUUUAUGACAAGGAACUUCCAGCGGUCUGCCAAGAAACUGCUUUGCGGCAGGAACGUUUGCCAGCAGACUAAAUUCACGUGGCGGUGUACCCAAAAGCCCGAGGGCUCGUCUAGCGACUACGACCUGUACCAUGAGCCGCACAAAAGAUGUUACUUGCAGAUGAAUGCUCUCCGCUAUUACAACGGGCACGUGUGCGGGGUGCAUCCUACACGCGGAAUCGACACGCGUCCGCAGACGACUCAGCUGAGCCACGUGACGCGGUCGUCUCGCCGCACGGCGCCCGCGCAUGCGCUCUCCGUUGAGAUGCUACAACGCCACGGACACGUGGACUUGAAACGCUGAUCCUAUGACCAUCGCCCCUAUUGCUGGGUCAGGGUGGAGUAGACAUUGUCGCGGAGCCAUUUAUUGGCUCUCUCAGAUCACGUGUUUAGGACAAAAAAGAAGACAUAGGUACUACUUUAAUUCGC